AUGAAUGGUUAUGGGGAUCAUGGCGGCAGCGAGGAUGCGUUUGGUCCUGCGAAGGGUGGGAUCGUGUCGAGUUUCGAUGCUUUUCCUAAAACCAAGAAGACGUACCUCGUUCAGGGUCGCAAUUCCUCCGCCUGGACUGUGACGCUCAUCCUCACAUGCAUCUACCUCUCCUGGUCCGAGAUAUCGCGCUGGUUCGCCGGUACAACCAUGCAGUCCUUCUCCGUCGAGAAAGGCGUGUCACACGAUAUGCAGAUCAAUCUCGACAUUAUUAUCGCCAUGCACUGUGCCGACCUGCACGUCAAUAUGCAAGACGCGGCUGGUGACCGCACGCUAGCCGGUGACCUACUCCGUAAAGACCCCACCGCCUGGGCGCAUUGGACAGGCAAGAACAUGGAAAAGGGAGUUCAUGAGCUGGGCAAGGGGGAUAGUGCGCCGGCUUGGGAGGAGCUCGGGGAUGUGCAUGAGCAGCUGGGGAAGGCACGGAGGAAGAAGUUCAGUAAAACACCGAGGGUUAGGGGCGCAACGGAUAGUUGUAGGAUCUUCGGCAGCUUGGAUGGCAACAAAGUCCAGGGUGAUUUCCACAUCACUGCGCGAGGCCACGGAUACAUGGAAUUUGGGGAGCACUUGGACCAUUCCACGUUCAACUUCUCCCACAUCAUCCGCGAAAUGUCUUUUGGCCCCUACUACCCCUCCCUCACCAACCCGCUCGACGAUACCAUUGCUGUAACCCCCACCCCGGACGACCACUUCUACAAAUUCCAGUACUAUCUUUCCAUCGUGCCGACCAUCUACACCGAUGAUUCGUCCCUCAUUCCUCUCCUCGACUCCGUGAACCGAAACCCAAAGAAUCACCCUGCUUCAUCCAUUUUCCACACCACGCACGCCAUCAAAACGAACCAAUACGCCGUGACUAGUCAGAGCCACACGGUUCCGGAAAACUAUGUCCCCGGCGUUUUCGUCAAGUUUGACAUCGAACCGAUCAUGCUGAGUGUGGUGGAGGAGUGGGGUGGUUUCUGGCGACUAAUCGUUCGUCUUGUGAAUGUUAUUUCGGGUGUCAUGGUGGCCGGCGGAUGGGCGUGGCAGAUGUAUGACUGGAGCCUGGAAGUCUGGGGCAGGAGGCAGAGGAACAGAGGUGCGGAUAUGGGCAUGUUGGGAACGCCAGGGCAAGAGAAGAAAUCCUGGGACUAA